AUGGUGGGGGGCUGCGUCAGCGGCGGCGACGGCGCCGCCGAAGGGACGCUCGCGAGGUGGCGGAGGGCGGCGGCCAAGCGGAUCGGCCUCUCAUGCGCCUCCUUCUUCUCCUACGCCGCCUCUCCCUCCCCGCCUUCUUCCAAGACUAUCUCAUGCUCGGCACUGAAUGCGCCUGCAGACAGCACUGAUGGAGAGCAGCAAAAGAUGGAGGAACCCACCAGCACCAGAGUGGCUGACAAGAAUCUAUGUGCAAUAUGUUUGGAACUCCUCAGCACCAGCAGCAGUGAUGUUGACAAUGGUGAGACGCCAGCAAUCUUCACAGCGCAAUGCUCCCACUCUUUCCACUUCCUAUGCAUCGCCUCCAACAUCCGGCAUGGCAAUGUCAGCUGCCCUAUCUGCCGUGCACAAUGGUCUGAGCUGCCACGUGACUUGAAGGUUCCACCAUUGCUGCACAACCAGUCGGAUCCAAUUCUUCGCAUCCUGGAUGACAGUAUUGCAUCAUCCCGUGUUAACAGAAGGUCCUCCAUCCGUGCUGCCCGCUACGAUGAUGAUGACCCAGUAGAGCCUUUCACUUUGACUGAGCAUGUGGAUCCAUGUCUUCGCUUCGUCCUUAUCCCGGCUCCAGUGGCAGCUCACCAUCAUGUUCUCGGGCAUUACCCCUGUGGACACAUGUUGCCACCACAACAGCACUUCCAGUACAGCGGUUCCUCCAUGCUUUCACCGCCUCAGAUUGCUUCACCCAGUGGACAACGGCGCGCCUACCUCUCUGCCAGUCUUGCUCCACAGCCAGCCAUGGACUUGGUCCUGGUUGCCAGCCCUAAUGGACCACAUCUGAGGCUCUUGAAGCAGGCAAUGGCGCUUGUUGUCUUCUCCAUGAGGGCAAUUGACCGGUUAGCCAUUGUCACGAAUGCCACCACUGCAACCCGUGCUUUCCCCUUGCGCCGGAUGACAUCCCAUGGGAAAAGAAUGGCGCUGCAGGUCAUUGAACACCUUUGCUGUGUUGGUGGGACUGAUCCAGUAGGGGCUUUACACAAGGGCCUGAAGAUACUGGAGGACCGGGCGCAUCGGAACCCAAGCAACUGCAUCCUUCACUUGUCUGAUCAUCCAGUCCGCAACUGUGUUGGGGUGGAUAUGAACCACUCUAACAUCCCAGUUCACCAGUUCCAUGUCGGGCUCGGUUUCAGGGUGCAAACUGGAUUUAUCAUGCAUGAGUUUGAGGAGCUGCUUGCACGGUUGCUUGGCGGUGUGAUAGGCGACACCCAGCUGAGGAUAGGGGAGCAUGGGGGAAUGGUUAGGCUUGGAGAGCUGAGGGGUGGUGAGGAGCGAAGGAUCCCGCUCGACCUUGCGGCAGAUUGUGGCGUCAUACUUGUUGGUUACAGUUACCUGGAGGGUGGAAGAGAGGACCAGCUGAGGACAGGCGAAAUCGCUGUUGGGUUCGAAGAGAAAGGCGACAACCGGUACUGUGGAAUGAGAGAGAUGGGGCUGAGCAUUGGCGGUGAGAGGAGGAGCUGCUGCACUGAGAGGCGGGACUACCAUGACCCAUUCAUGGCACGGCGAUGGGCGAAGCAUUUCAUUGUGUACAGGGCCUGA